AAUGGAGCAGAUGUACCAGAAUGUCAUGUCUCUAUGGCACCAACUGCAUGUUAACAUGAAGAGCGUGGUCUCCUGGCACUACCUGCAAAAAGACAUACGAAAUAUUGCCUCCUGGAGUCUGGACACAAUGCGCUUACAGGCUCCAGCAGAGAGGCAGCAGACUUUAGACAACCUUGACGCCCACUUGUCCGACUUCCUUGCAGACAGUCGCGAGAGCUCCCUUUUCACACCAACUGAACGGCGUGAGCUAGAGAGAGAAGCUGAGAACUGCCAUGAACAUUGCCAAACACUACUGGUCUCUUUGGAGACAGUGGAGAAGGAUGAGUUGGCCUCUCGCGCUUACCUCUCCGAGCUGCAGAGCAUCAAGUCCCAUCUGGAGGAUGCAGAGAGCAGACUGAUGCGUGGCAUGCAGACUCCACACCCCAGCACAAUAUCAGAAGUCGCAGACAAUGCAGUUCACAUAGCAGAGCAGGAGGUGAGGAGUGAUCAGCACAACUACUCCCUCUACUG